GCUAAACCUCUUUGUUUAGAGCUCUCUUGAAGCUCUCUAUCUUCGUGGGAGUGUCUAUGCAAAUCGCAACCUGUCGGAGCAGAAGGUCGCAGUAAGAAAGGCGCCUCCCACACUUGUUGCUGCGCGUCGCGCCGAAGGAGCCGCGGCCCGUCAGUCACAGCAGUAAUGCGCGGCGUGGACACUCACAGGCGCUUUACUCUCUGCAGCGACACUCUGAUUUCGAACCAUAGCGAGCAGGCAGGUGGGAGGCAAAAGAGUUGGCGUGCCGAACUUUAAUGCUCACCUCGACAUGCCACCCCAAAUGGAUUACUUUUACCACGAGUCCCGAGUCCCUUCAGCUUGCGGGCUUACCCGGGAGGACGAGCUGGACCCCGAUGUGAUCAGCUGCAUGCUGGUGGGAGACGGAGCGGUGGGGAAGACCAGCAUGAUCAUCAGCUACAUCUCCAACGGAUACCCGGCGGAGUAUCAGCAGACAGGGUUCGAUGUGUUUUCUGGUCAGGUCCAAGUGGAAGGGUCUCCAGUAAAAAUUCAACUUCUGGACACAGCUGGACAGGAAGAGUUUGACGAGUUCCGAGCUCUGUCCUACGCCCAUGCCGACGUCUUCCUCCUGUGCUUCAGCAUGGUCGAUCCCGACUCGUUCCACAACAUCACCAAGAAGUGGGUGCCGGACAUCCGGGCCCACAACGCGUCCUCGCCCAUCAUCCUCGUCGGGACUCAGCUGGACCGGCUGCUGGAUGUCAACGUCCUCAUCAACCUGGACAAGUGCAAAGUCAAGCCGGUACUGAGCUCACGGGCCCGGAGUCUGGCGGACAAGAUCCGGGCCACGGACUACAUCGAGUGCUCGUCGCUGACGCAGAAGAACUUGAAGGAGGCGUUCGAUGCGGCUAUUUUUGCCGCCAUUAAGAGCAAAACGCGCAAGGGGAAGAAAAGGAGGUUUUCCGACAGGCGCACCAAAGCUUUCUCGAGGUGCAGCUGGAAGAAGUUCUUCUGCUUCAUCUGAACUCUUUUCAAAUUCAGUUCUUUGAAGACUUUAUUUAUUUAAGUCGUGUACCUCGUUGUCUUUUUAUGCAUUAGAUUUGUGGCAUCGUUUAUCAGUAAAGUUGGCUUGUCUUUUCUUUGAUGCCUAAUAUAGAUGGAGAGGUGGACAGUACUAUAAACUAACCAAGCGGAUACAGGGACAUUCCCAGCCUGUAUUUGGUGUCACACCUACCAGACUGUUGCAUAUUCACAUAUUUGUUCCAAGUCAACAGGAGAAGCAGAGUUUGCACAUGCUGUUUUUUGUGUGUCCACCACUCGUGUGGUGCACACGUCAGAGGGAUAGUACAUUGAGCUGAGGCUUUGUGAGGUGCAGCUGCAGAGGCCAGACCAGUAUGUUUAAAAAAAAAAGAAAAAAACAAGCAAAACAGCGAAUUUGCAUGCUGUCCUUUACUACUGGCUACAAACCGAAAGUGUCGGGACUCUGCGUCCCGGCUAAUAGGUGUUGUUUUCUUACUUUUCUCUGAGCAAUGACUUAUUUUUAUGUGCCGGCUACAAUUAGGCGCCGCAUUCUUACCUGUUCGUGAAAGCUUCCCCGGCUGGUUUGGUCAGGCUUUUUUUAUUCUUCCAGGAAACCAGGUGACACACCUGCUGAGCCUGACAUUUGUAUUUUGAUCCGAUUUUUAUGAAUCACAACAAAAGCACACAUAUAUAUUUCAUUUAAAGGAAUAGUAAUGUCACUCCCUUUUUAAUCUUUUGGGUAAGACAAGAUCUGAUUCUUGUCUGAGGUGUAAAGUUUCAGCAGAGCAGACACCAUUGGCUUUCUGUCUCUUCAAUCUGCAUCUGUAAAAGCAAAGCACUGCAGGAGUCUCCCCUCUCCUCCCCCUUCAAAAAUCACCCGUCAUUGUUUAUUAGCUCAAUACACUCCUGAUCUCUGACGCCCAGUGAGCACAGGCAGAGAAAAGACUCAAUAGCCUCGAUCUGAAUGUCGCUUUUCAACUUUAUGCCUUUCAAAAAAAAAAAAAAAAAAGCCUUUUGGAAAGUUUUGCACUCCAGUGUUAUAAUAUGAGAAACAUAUAUGUGUAUAUAAGUACAAGCUUUACUAUGCUUCUUGUGGAAGUGAGGUUGAUGUUUUUGUUUAUUUUAAACAAGUGUGGGUCCAUGUUUACUGGCACCACAUGUAGAAAUGUGUAAGGCGCCUUAAAAUGACUUCAUUUUGUUUUGCAGUUGCAUAAUAUUACACAGAAAACUCUACGCAGAUCUCUUUUGCGACGUUUCUCACUUCCCUUACAUCCUCCUUAGUGUGCAAAGUUGCAAGAUCGUCCAGCCUUGUUUGCCACAGUUCCAGAUGUUGGAUGCUUUUUAAUAAAUGACUGCGGAUAUCGGCAGGCAUAGACAUGGCGCUGUUUUUCUGCUGCCAUUUCCUGAUUUAUGAAGGUCAACAGUGGUCUGUUCUCUUGUCUUUCCCAUUUUUAAGGAGGGAUAAGAGAAAUCGGCAUUUAACGUUAUAUUUACCACCCAAGGAAACAGGAAGUCACGGAUAACUUAUUGACAGUUAAUUGACGUUCUGACCACAUAAAAAAAAAAAAAAAUGAAGUAGUAGUGUUA